ACGAACACAACUCGAUCAAAUUGUACUUACAAAACCUCCAAUAUGGUUGGCAUUCCCUGAAAACACCAAUCGCUGUCAUUUUCUCAUUGGGUUUGGCGCGCACAAAGCCAAAGCCAAUCGCAAUCCAUUGUGAUCUCUCCCACCCAACAAUAAUAGCACACACCUUGAAAUACACGAAUCCGCUCGUUUUCAUCGCUGUCUCUUACCCACAGCAACUACUACUACUUCCAAGUUCCAACCAACGCAAACAAAACUAUGCUUCGACUCGGUCUCCUCCCAUUUCAUCGUAUUCCAGUCUCUUCCCAUUUCCUCAAUCUCUCUCCCAAACCCGCAAUGGCCGUCUCUUCUUACACGACGUCGUCUAACUCCUCCUCUUCCUCUAAGCUCCUCUUCCGUCAACUCUUCGAGAAGGACUCCUCCACCUACACUUACCUCCUCGCCGACGUGUCCCACCCCGAUAAACCCGCUCUGUUGAUUGACCCUGUGGACAAGACUGUGGACAGGGAUCUUUCCCUUGUUAAGGAGUUGGGUUUGAAGCUUGUUUAUGCUAUGAACACUCAUGUUCAUGCUGAUCAUGUCACUGGCACUGGUCUCAUCAAGAGUAAGCUUGAUGGUGUGAAGUCUGUGAUUUCAAGGGCAAGCAAGUCGAAAGCUGAUCAUUUGAUUGAGGCUGGUGAUAAAAUCUAUUUUGGGGACCUGUUUUUGGAGGUUCGAGCUACUCCUGGGCAUACAUUAGGUUGUGUUACCUAUGUUACAGGUGAUGGGCCUAAUCAGCCACAACCACGAAUGGCUUUCACUGGAGAUGCUGUACUCAUACGUGGAUGUGGGAGAACUGAUUUUCAGGGCGGAAGCUCAGAUCAACUCUAUGAGUCGGUCCAUUCUCAGAUCUUCACUUUGCCAAAGGAUACAUUAAUCUAUCCUGCUCAUGAUUACAAGGGAUUCACUGUUAGCACUGUGGGGGAGGAGAUGCUCUAUAAUCCUCGGCUUACAAAAGAUAAGGAGGGGUUUGAAGAUAUCAUGAAAAAUCUAAAACUCGCAUAUCCAAAAAUGAUUGAUGUAGCUGUGCCUGCGAAUAUGGUUUGUGGAUUGCAAGAUUUGUCUGAAAGGCCUGUUGAGUCCGUAUCAACCUAGAGACAUAAUCACGGCUCAGACUUGUGUUCUGUACAAAAACGUCUGGAUGGAGCUGGCUUAACUACAUGGAUAAAUUACCUUUCCACUACACGUGGUGCAUUCUACCCCUACAGUUGAGUGUGUUUUAGACUUUGAAAGUAUACAGAUCAUGCCAUAACAAUAUUGACUCAUCACAUUGAAGCAUGAUUGAUAGAGCAAGCUACAUCUGCCUGUUGUACAAUAAUGAUGAGGUAAUUAAUGAUAACCCAUCUUCUUUACUGUUCGUCAUACUGAAGCCUCAUGCAAUAUCUUCUGCAUUUGUUCAAAACUUGUGUACAUGUUAUUAUGAGAGUUCUGAUUGUUCUUCAGAUGGUUCUGGAUAUUGUUCUUGGAGCAUCAUCAGUCUACUUAUCUUGGUCUUCUGUGUUCAUUUUCUUU